UUGGGGUGGGAGAAGGUAUUUAGGACAGAGUUUUCGUGUACUGAUUUACAAAAAACAAUUACUAUUGUUUCGGAUUGCCCUCGUUCUGAGGCGGAGUGGAAUGUAGCAGCUAUACGUAAGAAAUGUGACUCCGUCUGUCCAACAUCAAGGUAUCACUGCCUCAUUACCAAGGAAAUGGAUGCUACCAUAGAAGUCUGCGCUGUACCGAUAUUCAUGCAAGGUUUCUGUGCAUAUUUCAAUGUUGAUGAGAAACGAAUACGUAACCUAUUUGCUGCAGAUUGUUCUAAAUUUACCAUUCCCUGUCCAACACGAUAUCAUUCGACUGAGGCAUUUAAGUAUCCUGUAUGUUACGAUCUUACUAAGGUAUAUGUAACUGUCGCUCCCAAUCCUAGUCCUACAACCAUGUCGAGCAAUUCCAUAGUCGGAUCUUUUGAAAGCAUAAAUAUAUCUGUUGACACUGGUGAUAGUUCUGUUUUACCGAUUAUUCUGCCUGUAAUUAUUCUUAUCGUUAUUAUGCUCAUCAUUCUUGGAAUAGGCAUAGGCAUUGUAGUAUGGAGAAAAAGGAAUAGACCCUCACAGACCAAAGAAAAAAGUCAUGAAAAUGCAAAUAACAUGGGAGAAACAGAGCAAUUGUUAGAAAAUCAAGACGAUUUGGGAAACGAAAAAGAGGGGAUACAUAAUACAGAGAUUGAAGAAUUAAAGAGGCAAUAUGAUACUCAAUUAGAGGAAAUGCUAAGAGAAAUUAAAAAGUUACAACAACAGAAAGAAAUACAGGAGGAGGACAAGAUAACUUUAAUGAAGAAGGUGAUUGAGAAAAAUCAGGAAUGCAAACAACUUAAUAACAAAUUACAGGAGGCAAAGGGAAAUAUUCGAGUACUUUGUCGACUAAGAGAAUGUGAUGGCCCAAAGUGUAUAUCUUCGGACAGCAAGGCUGUUAAACUUAUCAAAACUGAGAAAAAGUACACUUUUGAAAGAGUUUUUGGAGAAGAUAGCAAACAGGAGGACGUUUAUAGCGAAAUACAAGAGUUAAUCAGGAGUUUUCUUGAUGGAUACAAUUUAUGUAUAUUUGCGUAUGGACAAACAGGGUCUGGUAAAACAUACACAAUGGAGGGAUCGAACUGGAAUAAAACAACAGAACAUGAAAGUCUGGGAAUAAUACCUAGAGCAAUGAAACAAGUGUUUCAAGCAAUUGAGGAACUGAAAGUUUGUGGUUGGAAGUAUCAUUUAAAAGCAUCCUAUAUGGAACUCUACAAUGAAAGAAUUCGUGACCUAUCAAAAGGGGUCACGGAUAAUGAGGACCAUCCUAUCAGGUAUCCAGAUGGAGAUAAGGGUAAAGCAGAGGUCGCAAAUCUCACUGAAAAAGACGUUUUUAACGAACAAGAGGUAUUGAAAUUUUACGAGAAAUGUUCCAAGAAUAGAACUUCGGCAAAAACAGAGAGAAAUGAGAGAUCCUCAAGAAGCCACGCUAUAUUUAGAUUAGAAAUGACGGGAAGAGUGGAGGGUGUAGAAGGCAGAAAGGAUACCUGUACAGGUACACUUACCCUAGUAGAUCUAGCUGGCAGUGAGAAGAUAACGACUUCUGUGACAAGUUCUGCGGGACAGGAAACGAAAAACAUCAACCUUAGUCUUUUGGAACUCACUAAAAUUUUACGUAGUCUUCGAUCAAAGAAUCCUUUAACAUACAGAAAUUCGAAACUUACAUACCUGAUGAAAAAUUCAUUGGGAGGCAAUAGUAAAACACUAAUGAUUGUAAAUGCCAAUCCUUCUAUUGAUUGUCAAAAUGAAACGCAGAGGUCUCUGGAGUUCGGGAAGGAGGUCAGUAAAGUUGUAUUAGAGAAUGUUCCGAAGAAGAAUAAAUAAUCAGAUUAAAUAUAACAUGAAGUUUGGUGAUUGUUUGUUAUUGCAUCCUUUACUAUCGUGACUAUUGUGAUUAAGGAAUGUAUUUGAUUAUUGGACAAAUUAAACUGUAUUGUAUAUCGGAAAAUAUUUAUAAUAUCUAACCGUCU